CCAAAUCCUGGAACUCCCUUCCUAACAGCGCCGUGGGUGUACCUACAUCACAGGGAAUGCAGCGGCUCAAGGAGGCAGCUCACCACCACAUUCUCAAGGGGAUAUUGGAGAUGCACAAAAAGUGCUGGGCACCCACAUCCCCUGAAUCAAUAUCAAAAAACGAACUUCCUUCACUUCCUGAGUCUCUGGGUGAGCCUCUGACCACACGCCAGUUUGUAAGGUCCAGUUUGUGAAAGCACUUCCUCCUGCACUCAGAGAAGUCAGUCUGCAGCCCACGGCGUACAGAAGCUUCGAUAAAAGCCCUCAGACGGGAUAGUGUCAGGAGCCAGCGAUGCAGUCCUUCCUAAACCUGGUGUUCCUGCUUCAGGUCAUACCAGCAGAAGCGCUCCAGCCACCAGAAGUCUGUUAUGUGUUGGAUGCUGCCCUGUUCGUCUAUGGGAUUGUUUUAACUGCUCUCUACUGUCGUCUGAAGCUACAGAUGCGUAAGAAAGCUUCUGGUCAACCCUCCGUAUAUGAGGAAAUUCGAGGUAACCAGAAGGAUGUUUACCAUGAACUGAAGCCUGGGAAAGUGGAAUCUCGGAAGGAAAUGCCAAAGGAAGAAGGAAUCUAUACGGGCCUGGAUGGGCGUCAGUUGGAUACCUAUGAGUCGCUGCAGCCUCAGAAGUUUUCAAAGCCUGAGUGAGCUACGCUUGUGCCCCUGACAAUCCUCGCGGUGUGAUAAGGAAGUGGUGCGUCAGGGGGCGAGAGAGAGUGCGUCACAGCCAGCGACACUUUGGUCGAACUAGUAUCGGCCAUGCUUCACCAAUCUACAUUUAUCUUUGUUUUGUCAGUCCUGCUCCGCUUUAGAAUCACUUAUCUGAGCACCAAAUAUCAAAUAUGCUUCGGAAAUUCAAGCACCUCUCUCCAGGGAAACAGGAGGGGGACAUUCAGCCCCUCUCCAUACUGAUAUCCAGGAACAGGAGGAGGACAUUCAGCCCCUCUCCAUACUGUUACACAGGAACAGGAGCAGGCCAUUCAGCCCCUCUCCAUACUGAUAUCCAGGA